AAGCCUUCAAAGUACCAAACACCUACAUCAUUAAUUACAAUUUUUUAAAAUGUCUUCAAUCAUCCCCUAACCAACAACCAAUAACAAGCAAUACCUUGACAGACAGAAAGUCUGACACCAUAGUUACCAUAAAUAGAACCAUAAAUAAAACCCGGUCAAAAUCCUAUUCUCAUUUUUACCAUUGCUAUCUUACAAAUCUCUGGAAACCUAACCUACAAAACCACCAAACCACCACCUUCGAAAUUCUACCUACGGUUUUCUCAUUAACCGUUGCCUUACUCUCGAUCGUUCCCUCGUGAUUCAGUAAAUUAAAGAGAAAGACAGAGACGGAGAAAGAGAAAUAGAGAGAGGAUCGAUCUUCAGCGGCACGAUUAGCAGCACCGAUAGCCAACGCUGGUCCUCGCCCGUUUUCUAUUCUAAUUCUGUUGCUAUUCUAGUCCACGACCGCCGGCCAAUGGGCUACGUCCGCCAGCCGUGUAAACCUUUCUGUCUCUCUCACACGCACACUCGCCUUUCCCUUCUCCCCCUCCGCCCCGUACCUCGUGUCAACCGCAGUCGUUCUCGAGGCAUCGCGUGCACCAGAUUAUUCAACUGCAUCCUCCUUUUAUUUGGCGCGUUUAUCAGUGGCGUUCACGUUUCUAAACCCUGGGAACCGAUUACGUUCGAUAACAGGGCAAAGCGGAGAAUUCUACGGGUCGGUUCAUCGUCGACGUCGAGCAUCCUAAUAGGGGAACGAACGACAGUGCCGCCGGUCUCUUUCGUCGUUCGUACCGGUACGAAUUCACGUACGGAACAAAACGUACAUUGAAUCGUACCAAUCUUUUUCGCGUGCAAGAAGAGAACUGUCGAAGGGAAGGGGAAAAAGAAAGGAGAAGGAGUGCGAAGUCUGGGGUGAAAGACUGGGUGACCAGUGGUGUACGCUGGAAAGGAAGGGUGGAAAGGAGGAUUCUGCGAGGAGGGAGGCCAACGUGUGACUUAGAGGGCGCGACAGAGAAAUGCAGUGGCGUCGGCAGCGAAGGGUUAUCCACGUGAUCGGCUCCUCCAAUCACGUUCUACUUUUAGCGAGGUACCAAGACGCUCCACCUGGAGAAAAAGACGAAGAAGAAGGGUUGCGAAACGGGUUUAUGGAUGGCAAAGAACAUGACACGAGCACGCACAGCUUCAGUCGGAACGCGCAGAGCGGCUACAAACCUCGUAAGAGCGGAAACAGCGACGGCAGCGCCUAUGCCGGUAACUCGGAUGAGCACAAGAACGAGUCGUUCGGUUCGCCUUCUCAACCAAAGAUCAUCUUCAACGAGGACGAGUACACGAGAAUCACGACCCCCAGGCAGGACAUGUUGUUCAAAAAGGGCUACCUCUCCAGGAAGAAGCCCUGGGUCGGAAACGUAAACACUAGCGCCACAUCUUCCACCACCGAGAGCCAAUCGGCGUCGCAUUCCACCGCAGGUAGAGACGGCAGCGAAACAACCGAGGAUCAACAGCUACUAGAUAGGGACUACGCUAUCGGCGAGUAUGCGCCAAUGAUGGAUUCCAGCGCUCAGUUAGACUACGGAACGUUCUACGACCACGUGGGUGGUUAUUAUUACGAGUAUCCUGUGAUGUUGGUUGGUCCAGCACCAAUACCAGCUCAGGUCGCACCUAGUGUCCUGGCAGCUGUGCCUUGUGCCCCAGUGCCUCUUAGGCCGAUGCAAUGGGUCAAUUCGUCUUUCGUGCCCAAGAUUCCUAAUAAUCCGUACUGCAUGCUGAGUUAUGAGGGUAAUCAGGGUAUGGAGAAUACAGUAAUGAUGGAAGAGCAAGAAAAUGCAACUGUUGCAGUUGAGAAUUCCAAUGGAGCCUGCAACAAGAGUGGAACAGGGAGCACUAGUUGCAGUGGUAGCGUAGCUGGAGAAACAGAGGAGCAGCCUAUAGAAUUCGGCAAUACUACAGAGGAACUGCAGGUGGACGAGCAGAUGGAGGAACAAAUGGAGGAGCAGUACGAGAACGAGCAACAGGCAGAAGAACAGUGUUUGGAGAAUGGGAUUGACGGUGGUCCCUACUUUGAACCUAUGCUGCUACAGCAACCGGUACACGUUUCUCACGUGAUACCAGCAGUUCCUCAGCCUUACAUGUACCCUGGCCACUACAUGUUUGGUCCUCCUUUUAUCGACGUAAAUGGUGUUACGAUACAGGGUGGACCCAUGAUCAGAACUAUGGAUGUUGCGGCUAUGUCGGCGGCCUAUGCCAAGCGAAGAAGGAAAAAAAAGAGGAGGAAGCAGAUUUUGCAAGCAAGAUUUGCUACGGGUAAUACGGAGGAUGAAGAGGAAGGAGAGUACAGCUCCGAGUAUGAUACCGGUCUAUCGCUUCCCAAGCUGUCUUGGACAACAUGUUCAACUUCGACUACAACCACGACAACAACGACCAGUAAUCAGCCGCUGAACCCCGAGUGCCAGGAGUUCCAGCUGCGAAAAGUUGUUAAAACUCAAACCUCGCUACCUGCUAUUCCAACCUCCGCCAAUAAUACACCUACGUCCGAGAAGAGCUCGACGAUAAAUCAGUCGAGCAUGGACGAUAAACCACCGUCGGAUACGACUCCCGUCGACGAGUCCAAAGAAGUAUACAACGGCAUCGUAUCCGACGAUUCGGAAAAUCAGAAUGACGAAAUCACCGAGAGCAGCAAGUCUGAUAAGCAAGUAGCAUCGACAUCGACUUUAAUAGAGAACAGCCAAUCGAAGCUGCUAGAAGCGACUACGGAUAACGAAGCGAAUAGACUGACGAACUGCCUCCCCGUAGACGAGGAAUCAGUUCUUUUAACGAACGAGGUGACCGAGGUCGGGAAACUGUCGAGCACUACCAAAGCAGUAAUUCAUAAUGAUUCAUCGACUGCCAACGAGCUACACGAACGACCGAGCAACGAGAUGAACGGGAAGACCUUGGUGAACGGAAAGCUGGACUUCGACUCGAGUAAUAACGACACAUCGAUAACAUUAACAACUUCGAGGCCAUUGUCCCCCGUACCUAAUAACGAAAAGACGAGAUCUAGAUCGAUCACGCCCAAGAGCGUAGAGAAUGUAGCGAUAUGUGAAGAUCAGAAUUACGAAUCCUUAACAAGCAGCAAGUCAUCGUCAUCGACAAGUCUAUCAAAGAGGAAGUACACCGCGAAAGGUACAAAGUUCGUGAGGGAACCGACACCUGGUCCAGAUCUGAACAGCAGCACGGAAGUGGAAACCGAAACAAAGGUACGCGAAUUGACUCAGAGUCUAGAGAAAGUGGAUCUGUCGAACGACUUGAAGGCAGAUUCUGUGUUCGAACCUCGUGCGGAUAAAGUGGUAAAGGAUGGCCAGGUAUCGAAUAAGUUUAGAAUGAAAACGGUGUGCAAUCGCUUGAGCAAAGAGGCGAUCGAGGCAACGAAUGAGGACUCUGGUUUUGAAAGCCAGACACAGCUAUCAGAUUAUCCUAUCACGGAGGCGGUGACGGAAUGGCUCCGUAGAGAAAAGUCGCCGGAUUUGUUUAUUGGGUCGGCUAUCUCGAUGGAUUGCGAGGAGGAUGAGGACGAUGUGGAUAAAGAGCCGCCAAAAAACUUGCAUGGCAACCCCAUGCCUGCACUAUCUGUUAAUAGCGAAGCAGACAAUACGGCAUUGUCUUGUGCAGCUAAUUGUGGGAAAUUCGCAAGGAUUAGCAACGUCAACGGUGGGAAAGAACAACAGCAGUCGAAGGGUAACAAUAGUACUUCGAGAAGAAAGAAGGAUGCGAAAAGGAGACUGGAAGAACGGAGACGAAUGGCCAGGUAUGCAUUGGACAGCAAGGUGAACAGCGAAGUGGUGUCCACAUCGGAUUCCUGUGAUCAGCAGGAGGACCUGGCAAACAUCGCGAGAAGAAAGAAUCCAUCCAGACACCAACAACAGCAAGAUGUUGUCGAUGAUACUUGCGAAUUUACUGAGAAAGAUAGCGUUGUGGGUAUGAGGGUUGCUUUAAGCUCUCGGAUCGACUCGAAGAGAGUCAAUGCAAGGCGAACGAAAAGACAAGGGAAAUCGCACAUGCUGCGGAAUCCCUCGAAUAAUAUCGAUACGAAGAUUCGAUGUAGUGAGAACGAUGAGAACGACGAAGGAAUUGUUGAGGACACGAUAAGGGUGCGGACGUACGAAAAAGGAGAGGUCAUAUUUUCGGAGGAUGGCAAGCUAUUAAUGUCUUCCAUGUUCAAGCCAGAUCUAUGGAAGUGUUACGAAUUUCCUACGGUAAUGGAAACCCUGAGCGAGAGUGAAACGGUUAAACAGACGACCGAGAGGAAGACAGAAGAAGCAUGCAAGAGAAAGAACAGUGUCGAGGAUGAAGAAUGUCGUAGCAGAGUAGGUUCCUUGGAUAGCAUAGAAGAGCCUGACGUGUUAGAAUGCUGGGAAGCUGAAAUCAUAGAACCUGUGAUAACUCCAAAAAGAAUGUUACAAACUGAGGGAAUACUAUGCGAGGGAGAAGCUGCAGAGGAUGAUACCAUUGAGGUUGAUCCGGUCAACCUAGAGUAUGUGCAGAAGUACUACCGAUUGGCACGAGAGAGCGCUAGCAUAGAAGAGAUUAGCUUAAAGGCGGAUCUACCAACGUCGUCGAAAUCAGUGCCAAAUAUGUCUGAGCAGAAAAAGGAAAUUCCAACGCAGAAGGAGAUUGCUGGAGACAAAAAUGACAUCCCUAUCGACGAAGCUUUUGAAGUAUAUGAAAGCUGUUACACCGGGAAUUCUCCGUUUUUGACGAUGGAUUCGAAACUUUUUAAACCACAAACAUUGUACAGUCAGAAAGGAGAGGCCCCGAUAUCAUGCAAAGCGGUUUGUUGCCAGAUUCAAUGAUUUUGCGAGUAUUUUUAUCGAGAGCCUCGUUGCACGCGUACACCUCUCACUCCACAGGGACGUUUUAUAAGUACUGAUGUCAAGGCCGUCCUUUUCUAAGUACCAUAUGCCUCUGACGUUGUACUCUUUGCUGAUUUAUACAUGUAUCGCGUACACGUUGAUGGGGAAUACGUGUAUUCAUCGCGCUAUCAUUAUGUUUCUCAUUAUUAUUAUUAUUAUUAUUAUUAUGCGUUGUCUAAUUUCAUCGAGCGAACUAUGGAAAGACAAGACAAGAGAGGAGACAAACCCUGUAGAUCGACAUAUGAAAGUUUGUUGAAACUUAGAGGCAUGCUCAAAGGCAGUGGAUAUAAUAAUAUAGUAAAAGCCUACGUAUCGCUAUUCAUUUUUGUAAAUAGCUUUAAGAGGUCGUUCUCGCAAAUCUCGUGUUAUCGUGAAUAUUUCGUUCAGAUGUAUACACGAGAGAACGUAUCGCACACCGCAAGGAAAGUGUCGCAAGUCGAAAACAGGCAAAUUGCUGAACAGGGCGAAGAAAUUAUUUCUAUUUAGAAAAUUAGCUGAUUUACCAAAUACGUGUCAGCUAAAAUUUUAUCAGAAAUCGCUUCAAGUUUGGUAGAUGGAAUGUGAGUAUUAAUAUUUUUCAUAACGUAUGUUUAUACUUUUCAAAACAAACCCCUGUCGUUAUUUGUGUCGUUUUUCCAGGUAAUUUCUUAAGUCGAGUUAUUUUCAUGAGCAAUCAAACUUUCGUGAACAUAGAAAUGAGGUGCUCGUAUGGCUUUUGUUCAGCGAUUAAUUUUGCGUUGAUUUCUUUUCUCCUCUGAAUCUGUAAUUCUGCGAAUUCUAAAUCGUUACAUGAAAGCGUAAAAAAAGCAUGAAUCAGAAUUUAAUUUUUCAUGUCAGUGAAUCCAUUAAUGUCUUUAAUCUAGU